AUGGCUGACUCAUUGUCAGACGCGGAAAAAAUCCGCAAUAAACGCCUAGCUAAGCUUGGGAAUCCAGUCUCCAUGCCGCCCAAACCAGAAGAUGAAGAUCCGACCAAGGAUGCAUCCUCCUCACCAAAUCCUCUGCCUAGCUCGCCAGAUGCAUCCUCAUCUGCAGUCGUCGAGCCGUCGAAACCUCAAACAAAUCCGCCCGAAUCUUCCACUCAACCUUCAAAACAGAAUCCAUUCUCACAGCUUGGUGUGAUGCAGACCACUUCCGACAUGCCCAAGAUCAACAUAUCAAGCCAGCAGACUCGAACACCCCAGAAGAGAGAUGCGAGCGGACGACCAAGCCCGAGAGCUGCAGAAACCCUCGAGACAUGGGAAGACAGGCAUUUGGGCAACAUAUUCAAAGUCACCUUUGGGCCAGGAGCUCAACAAGUCGGCCGUGGAACUUCUCCAUUCUCACUGACGGGCACAAAAUCAGAAUUAGAAGAGUCAAAUCAACCAGUCAGGCUUGAUACAACUGUCUUGGAUCAGGUGCUUCUCGAGGCUGCAUCGAAUGUGAAGAAAGAUUUCACGCCACUCAGGUACUUCCUGGAGUGCUGGAAAAGAGUUUCGAGACAUUUCAAAGCCUUGAGGAAGAACGGGGAGGAAGAUCCAAAAUUUCUUAUUGUAAAAGAGGCGAGGCGAUUGUGUAUGAGCUACUGCAUAUUUGCGGCUACCAUGCCAGAAAUGUUCGGCAUGGACAGCUCAGAAUCCAACUUGCUUGCACAACACUUCCUAUACGAUCCCGAGGACGAUCAAGGAAUUGAUUAUGAUUUUUUGAUGGAGGCCAUUGCAAGAAUGUCUAAUGACGAGUCAGUCAAAGAUGUCUUAGUCGGCGCCUUCGAGGAUCUCAGCCGGCGACUGGCGCAGAUGACGAUGAAUGAUGAUUUCAAACCAUACGUAAAUGCACUGCGCGGUAUUGUGCAGUAUACAGCAUUGGUAGAAGCUAUCACACAAUCCCCCUUGUUUCUUCCUCCUUCGAUACAGGCACCUCUCGUCGAGACUGCUACCUUCCUUGGCCCCUUCUUCAGGAUCUCCCCACUGCAAGGCGAUGUCACCAAUACGUACUUUUCUGCACCUUCGACCCGUGAUCAAGGGUUCAUUGCAAAUUCGCAGCGAUCUUUACGCAUGGCGUUGCAGACCCACCAAAUGGACCUUCUUGAUAUUGUCAAUAAAAUUAUAAAAACUGGCAAGAAUCCUCGCGAGCGCAUCCUGGACUGGUUUGCAAUGUGCUGCAACGUGAACCACAAGCGUCGAGCAAUGCAAGUAGACCCGAAGACAGUCUCCUCGGAUGGUUUCAUGGUCAAUGUUACGGUUUGCCUUGAUCAGCUGUGUGAUCCGUUCAUGGAUGCUUCAUUCUCAAAGAUUGACCGAAUAGACGUAGAUUAUCUUCGCCGCAAUCCUCGGGUCAACAUCAAAGAGGAAACCAAGAUCAAUGCUGAUCAGAACGCAUCGGACGCUUUCUAUAAUUCGCCCGUGGAGGGGACAAACAACUUCAUUUCAGAAGUCUUCUUCCUCACGCUUGCCGCUCAUCACUACGGCACAGAGGCGGCUCAUUCUAUGCUCAGCGAGAUGGAUAGAAACCUGAAACGAAUGAAGAAACACUUGGAGGAUGUUGAACUCGAGCGUCAGAAAAUCCUCAACAAUCCCGGGAUGCUCGGACAGUUUGACCGGGCGAUUCAGAAAUUCAAAGAUCAAAUCGAGAAGGGGACUUCUUAUAAGUAUGCUGUCGAAGGUGUUCUCCUAGAUGACCAGAAUCAAACACGAUCUAUGCAAUUCAUGCGUUAUGUUAUUGUCUGGUUGCUGCGCUUAGUAUCCCCGACACACAAUUUUCCACAGGAGCCUCUAAAGCUGCCACUACCAUUGGAGCAAGGAGAGGCAUUCAAAUGUUUACCCGAAUAUUUUCUCGAAGAUGUUGUGGACAACUUCAAAUUUAUCACGCGCAAUCUUCCUCAGAUCAUCAGCACGACCCAAAGCGAUGAGUUGGUGAUGCUCUGCAUCACCUUUUUGCGGAGUUCUGAAUACAUCAAAAACCCGUACUUGAAAGGCGGUCUUAUCACCAUUCUGUUCACGGGUACUGUGCCGACCCCCUAUAGAACGAAAGGAAGCCUCGGCGACCUCCUCAACGCAUUGCCUUUUGCAAAUGAGCACCUCCUGCACUCUCUUAUCCAAUAUUACAUUGAAGCCGAAUCAACUGGAGCUCAUACUCAAUUCUACGAUAAGUUCAACAUCCGUUACGAGAUUUUCCAAAUCAUUAAGUGUAUUUGGUCAAAUGUGAUCUAUCGAGAUCGUCUGUCUCAGGAAGCGGCUCAAAAUAUAGAUUUCUUUGUCCGUUUUGUCAAUUUGCUGCUGAAUGACGUUACCUACGUACUUGAUGAAUCGCUCACGCACUUGACGAAGAUUCACGACAUCACUGAAGAGCUAGAACAGAAGGAUAUAGAGCAAGAAGAACGAACUCAAAAGGAAGAAGCAUUGUCCGAAGCGAAGGGGAGGGCAAAGAGUUACAUGCAGCUGACCAACGAAACUAUGGCGAUGUUGAAGUUGUUUACCGAGGCUUUGGCAGAGUCAUUUACCAAGCCUGAGAUCGUACAGCGCCUUGCGGACAUGCUGGAUUAUAAUCUUGACGUGAUGGUUGGACCUAAAGCCAACAAUCUUAAAGUAAAGAAUCGUCAAGAAUAUGGCUGGGAGCCGAAGCAGCUUCUGGCGGACAUCAUAGACGUGUUUCUCAACCUCAGAAAUAAGGAAAACUUUAUCUUUGCAGUUGCCAGGGACGGCCGAAGCUAUAAACCAGGAAAUUUUGAGAGAGCACGAUCCAUCUUAAAAAACCAGCAAAUGAAGGGCUCGACCGAGCUGUCGUCUCUAGCUGCACUUGCCGAAAAGUUUAAGAAAGCAAAGGAAGCAGACGAGCAAGCUGAGGAGGAUCUUGGAGAGAUUCCUGACGACUUUUUGGAUCCAAUCCUGUCGACGUUUAUGGAGGACCCGGUGAUACUGCCAACCUCUCGCAGCAUUGUCGACCGCUCCACCAUCCGUCAACACUUACUUUCAGACCCCACUGAUCCCUUCAAUCGCGCUCCCCUUAAGAUCGAAGAAGUGGUCCCAGCCACCGAGAUGCUUGAAAAGAUCAACGCGUUCAAGGCAGAGCGGAAAAGCCAAAAACUCGCGGAAUCACACGUGAUGGAUACGACGGCCGGAUAA